AUGGAGGAGCCCCUAACACGGCCGGCUUUUCCCUAUAUUCAGUAUAGCUCAUCGACGGGAGCAGGGCCAGCAUCCUGUCAACUGUCAGCAUCAUCAUCAUCAAUUCCACCAAUCGUCCCAGGGGCUGGACCAUUGGAAACGCUCCCUCUUGGCGCUCAUCAAGCUUCCACUCUCGAGUUUGCUGGUCUUGAUCAAGUUAUUCUCCAUCACGACAAUGCCCUCUGGCGCAUAUCGACGCUCGUUUCUCCAGACUCUACAAGACUUGAGCGAACAGAAAUAACAUUACGCUCACGCGCCAACACCCAUGAUUACAUUGCCCCCAAUAACAACUCCCGUCCGCCGGAAAUUAAUUGCCCACCUCUCGCUGUGGACCUCCUCGAGACCUCCAAAAACGACCACCAAGAUCGCGACAUUCUAGAUGAAUUAUCCCCGAACAUAGCACAAGACUCACGCUCGAGAAUACGCUCGCUAACCUCCUUACCCAAUGCCCGCAUCCUUACCAUGACCACAGCCACCACCAGUGCUCCAGGGUCACCUCCUGACUUGUCCGGGUCUCGCUCCUCGAAAUCCUCAUCGUAUUCCUCUACCUUUUCCGGUCCCGAUGGCUUGGAGUCAGAUAUCAUCAAUUUUGAGGAGAUUGGGCUAGAAGACGAGAAACAUACUCCUUCGGGCAGCUAUCAUGUGCGCGAUAUUUCAGUGCAGUCGGUUAGUUCGCAACACGAAUUGAUGAAGGCCAAGGAGUCAGGCUCGAGAGAGAAGAGGCCCACGCUUCCACAACUUCAGACACAAGUCAGAAUAUCUAGCCAGAGGCAAGAAUCAAUGCCACCAAGAGCAAUGGGUUCUAGAAUGGCGGCCAUGAAGCGCGGAUUUACCAGUCCCGAGUCAUUCUAUCCGAGCAAUGCGCGGACAAGAUCUUCCUCUCCUCCCAAUCGAAGGGCCCUUGCCUCCGCUUCCACCACAUCUUUGAGUUCGGGCGGUCUGCGACCGAUCCCGCAAUCUCCCGCCACAUCGCUUGGUUUGCCUUCGAGGCGGGCUUCAUGGCAACCACACAGAAAGACCGUUAAAGAAUUGGAGGCCGAGUAUCAUGACUCGGAUGAUGAAUUACCAGACGACGCCAGUCUUUGGAAUGUCCCAGUGUCUCCAUUUCCCUCCGGACCGAGCUCACACCGGUCCAGUUUUCGCGGUAGCCCGGAACGAGAUCAGCCAGCUCAGAGUCCUCGACCUAUACCUCUGGCACAUGCCAAAACAGCUCCAGAGACUCCUCCUCGACCUACGCUGCAUUCACAAACCUUGCCGAAGAAUCGACCUCCGCCUCCACGAGCAGUUUCUCUGAACGUUUCAGCAUCAAAUCCCUCUUCCCCUCGCCAGGCUAACCAUCUGCGCGAUGGGAGAACGAAGUCUUGGAAUCUUGCAGUGGCCGACUUGAGCGAAGAGGCCAAGAUUAUAUCAGAGGCACUCGAAUACCAUGCCGGUACUAAAGAAAAAGAAAGACGUGAUAGCUUCCGAGGAGGAUCUUCGCAUGGAAGUUUAGAGACCCGGGUGGAGCGAAGCUCACGCGUGUCAUCAAUCCAAUUGCCCCCCAUCCAAAAGGGUGCUUUGGACUUUAUGCCCAUUUCCAAGGAAAAGGAGGCUAUCCUGUCAAGGACCAGGCCAUCGUGGUUGCCACCCAAAGACCCAAAGGAAGAGCGACGACAUUUGAAAGAAUACCAGCGCAUGAUGGCUGCAUCAAUGGAGGCGGAAAAGAAACGGCGCACAAAGCUGCAGGUUCAGCAAUGUGAAAGGGACGAUACCCGGGAAUCACUGAAUCGAAUCUGGCAUUAUUAUAUGGAUGAAACCACUGAUAUCACCACGAUUGACACGCGCGUCAACGGCCUUUGCUGGCGAGGGAUCAGCCCCAACCUUCGGGGCAAAGUGUGGCAACGAUCCAUAGGGAACCCUCUUGGACUGACGGUGAAAAGUUACGAGAAAGCACUGCAACGUGCAAAGGAGAUUAAGAGACAGCCGAGCGACCAGCUUGACCGUAACGACAAGAGCAUGGGACGAUGGUUUGUCGACAUUGAGAGGGAUGCUGAAACCGCGUUCCCCGAACUCAACCUGUUCCAAAGGAACGGCCCCCUUUGGCAAGAUUUAGUGGAUGUUUGCGAAGCAUAUGCAUGUUAUCGGAGUGACGUGGGAUAUAUUUAUGGGAUUCAACUUAUCGCCGCAUUACUUCUGUUACAGUUAUCUACGCCAGCAGAUGCCUUUAUUCUUCUAGCAAAUUGUUUGAACCGGCCGAUUCCAUUGGCCUUUCAGACGAAUGACACCACCACGACUGGUCGAACUUACAAUCAUGCCGUAUCGACUGUGAGCAUCAAGUUUCCCCGCCUCCAUGAAUAUCUCUUUGGCUCCAAGGAACAGGGCGGUCUAGGGUUCAGUGGAGAGGAAAUCUUUGAACCAAUGCUCCGGACCAUCUUUUCCAAUGGCCUUGACGUUGACCGGUUAUGCCGAGUUUGGGAUAUCUGGGUCUUCGAAGGUGACCGAACGUUGGUUCGGGCGGCCGUCGCAAUACUGGGAAGUCUCCAGUCUCAGCUGUUCGACAUCCGAGGUGACAUUGAUUUGAAGCGGCGCAAUAUUCAAGAAAUGCUCGGAUGGGGUCCCUUCAAUCGACAACCUCACUCCGGUCAUUGGAAUCUCCAAGCCAUGGGAGAUGAAGAAAAGUUUGUGGAAGAGGUCAGACUUGCAGGAACACUGGACUAUACGGGUAAGUGA